CAACAAACUGAUGCAAUUUAAAGUCUACAAAAUGAUUUUCAAAUCAAAAACGCAAAACAUUUUAGGCUUCGUCCUUGAUCUGCAAAGAUCUAAGGCAGAAAAUGGGUUGGAACAGCACGGGGAAAUUCGGAAUUCAUUCGGGAAAGACUCUUCGACGUUAUCCAACGCGAAAGGAUGGCGGAAUGAAAUAUACUCGCUUUCAAUAUGGGCCAUGUGGCUUGCCUAAAAGAGGAAAUGAAUUUGCUGUUAUAAAGGAAUUAAAAUACGGCAAUAGAGCACAAUAUGUUGGCCCUAAAAGCGUAGAUUUUGAUUUUGAAGACGGAGGCCUACCUUUAGAAAAGGAUUCGCUCGUUUACUCGCUAAAUAAGCAUAAAAGAUGGCUGUUGCCCGACUUGUUAAAAGAAAAUGUCACUGAACUUUUUCACGAGGAAAACAAUGACGAAAUACUUGAUUCUGAGGCGAAAAACAAGAGCAAAAAGCGAAAGAAACAAAAAGCAGACAAUGAACUUCGAGUUAGCGUAGUUGAAAGGUGUUCGUCAGGAGAAGCACCGAGAAAUCUACCCGACUGCAUAGGGGUGACCUCGAAUGUCCCCCAUAACUCCUGUGACCCAGAACGAAAACCAGGUAAGAAGUAUUCCCAUGUGGGUGACCUGAAAUCUAAAGUUAGUGGUGAAGAACUAGAAGUUUACUACGAGUUGUUAUCCCCGUUUCCAAAAGGGGCCUGGCCGUCCAACCGGCAGUUUCGGUGUUACCGACGGAAUUCGAUAGAUAAAGUUGUCGGAUCAAAAUCAAAGAAGAAAUGCAAGGGCAAAAAGAAUAAGUGCUAUCUGCAUGGUGGACACCGGGACGACAGCUUCGAGGCGUUAGAUGAGUAUGGUUCAUUCGAUGGCUGUGACGAUGAUGUGAGUAUAAUGCUAGCUAAGAUUAAAGUUUAACUUAUUGACCAUUUAAGUAGCCCUGAUACACCCUACUUUAUUAUUUUACUCUGUCUAAUGCCAGACAAUUUUAGUUAUCAAGGGGAGAGUGCUGCCACUCCCUAGUGGGUAAAACGAUGUUUAUUCAACGUUGAAUCAGCAUCGGAAAUGAUUCCCAAAUCCCAAACAUCGGAUAGAUGUGCAUGAAAAAGGAUUGAAAAUGCAAUUUGGAUCGAUGUUGGUUGCCAAUAUCGUCAACCAUAAUUCAACGUUGAAUUUGCCAAUUUGGUGACGUCCCUGUUGACAAAACUGUCCCUUGUGAACGACACUAAUGCACCCAUUCUAUUUUAAUACAGUUGCUUGAAAAAUACCUACUUUCUAACACCAGACAAUAUUUCAACAAUUUUAUCCCAAUUGCAAAGACUGAACAACAGUAUUCGACCUUAAUUUUCCACCUUCAUUUUCCACCUUCAUUUUCCACUUCAUUUUCCACCUUCAUUUUCCACCUUCAUUUUCAAAUGUCAGGUACAUUUCUGGUUGACCUGUUAGUGAGGUACAUUAGAUUGAGUGUAUAAAAUGACAAAGUAAGGUGCAUUGUUUCUUAAUGGAUUAAUCUUUUGAAUUAUACCUUUCCUAUAAAUAUAGUUUGUGCAGGAGCAUGGUACAGAGCCAAUGAACAGUGAAUUUUCAUUUCCCAUUGGUGCUUAUAUACAAGAUGCAAUUAACAAAAAAAAUAAGAAAAAUACAGAAACCAAGGAACAUGCAUCCACCCUUCCAUGCCCAACUGUAUAUGGUAAAGGACAGGCUAUAUAUACUGAUGAUUAUGAUGCCGAGAUACCAAACCCUAGUCCUGGUGAUGCCAAGGAAAAUAAUUAUAACCAAACAGCAACCAAGUAUGAGACUUUGAUCAAAGACAAAAAAUUCAAAAUUAAUCUAUUUGCAGAAGACAUUGCCUGUGAUAGUUUAUCCAACCAAUUUGGUAACAAUUAUAUCGAAGGUGAUGUUUCCCCAAGAAAAUUUAUAAUCAAAGCUGACCUUAACGAGGCUCAACCAAAUAACGGUGUUGGUGACAUGUGCCUGCUGUUCGAUGUUUCUGAUACUCCCAGAAACCAAAAUACUGUUGAAGCGACUGUUGCAUUCUCGUUACCAAAAACUGAACUGAUACCAAGCACUUUAAACAACGUAGUGGAGUUGGAGCUGAACAGAUUGCAAAAUGAUGGCCUGUUUACAGUUAAAACCAUCCUGGAAUUUUUUAUGGGAAAAAUUGCUCCUCACAUCAGCACCACAUCAAAAAAUGUCUUCCAAAAGAAACAUGCUAAGAAAUUUCCUGUUGAGUUUAUCCAACAAGUCUGCAAGCAGGAAUCGGAAGUGUGCAUUUUAAAGAAAGCAGGUCGGUAUGCUUUGGGAAGUCGAGAGAAGAUCGGUGUCGUAUGUUCGGUGUCGUCUGAAAUUGGGAAUUGUACUGGAAAUGUAAAACUGUUUUGUGAAAUAUGUUAUGUUGAAGAAGAUAUGGAAAAAUGCAUAGGUAAGGCUAUGAUGAUUAAUUUUUGUCAGUGAGUUGAUUAGUCUGUUUGUUGGGCAGUUGGGCAAUAUUCGAUCAACAGUCGGGCAAUUUUGGUUUUUAAUAAAAAAAAAUGGGACAAAUUGUGUAAAUUUUGACUAAAAUUAAGUCAAUUUUGUGGCCAAUUUUGUGUUUUUUGGAAAAUUUGUCUUAUGUUCCGAAAAAUUUUGAUUGUCCAGAAAAAUUUUUUGACCCCUAAAAUGGUACACUGACCGAUGGGGUGGGGGCUUGGUCGCCAAAUAAAAUUUUCCGGAAAAAAUUUUUCCGUACUAGUCGGGCACAAUCCCGAAAAGUCGGGCAAUUUUCUUUCCGCCCCCCUAAAUUUUUCCUUCCGGUACGCCCAUGUCUGUCUGUGGAUGGCUGGAAGAUAGUGGAUGGAAAUUCCAAGCAAAAAUGUAUAUACAAUCUUACUGGGAGCGGCUGUGUUAAAAGUGCAAGUUUAGGCCCAUAGCUGAUCAGUGGUCUGAGCACAUAAUACACUGCACUAGUCAGGGCUAAUGUUCUUCUGAGACUUCAGAACACAUAAUUUUUCUGGGGUAGUAGCCUGCAUAAGGGUGAUAUCCCCCGCCAUUGAUAUUUAUGGUCUGUCACUAUAUUCAGUUGGUCAUAAAGUUAAUUAGUUUGUUGGGCUACUAAGUCAGUCAGUCAUUAUAGUCACUAAGUCAGUCAGUCAAAAUAAUCUUUCAAAUUUGUUUUACAGAUCAAUCAGACUUCACACAGUUGCUCAACUGCUCACAUCAAUUCUGCAAUGGUUGCUGGUCCCUGUACAUUGCAUCCAGUAUAAAAUCUGGUCAGAGCCAUAUCCCAUGCCCUCACUUCAAAUGCAAAACCAUCGUCACAGAGCCACUUAUAUGGUCAUGUACAAACUCCAAACUUUACCAGCAAUACAGAAAAAUAAACCUGGAGAAUUUAAUAAGCACUAACCCUCAACUUCAAUACUGUCCUGCAGCAGACUGCCCUCAACUGGCUUAUGUUGAAGAUGUUGAAAGCGUAAAUGAUAAACAACCCGAUUCCAUACCUGUUUUGUGUGAGUGUGGUCUUGUUUGGUGCUUUUCUUGCCAGAACCAGGCCCAUUGGCCAGCAAGUUGUAAGGAAAUGGAUGCCUUUUGCAAAGCAUUCGAAAAUUAUGAAGGCUAUAUAAAAUUGCUUCGCAACCCUGGGUUGAUUUCUUCAGUUCAUGUCAAAAGAUGUCCAGUUUGCUGCCAUCCCAUAGAAAAAAGUAUGUUUUUUGCUAUUUUUAUUGUUCUUGGUUGUAAUAUAGCAGUUUUGUUGCUGCUGCUAUUGUUGUUGCUGUGUUUGUUAGUUGUUGUUGCUGUGUUUGUUGUUGUUGUUGUUCUGCUGUGUUUGUUAUUGUUGCUCAGUGUUGUUGUUGCACUUGUUGUUGUUGCUCCUUCUGCUGUGGUUGUUGUUGCUGUGUUUGUUGCUCUUGUUGUUGUUGUUGUUGUUGCUGUUGCUGUUGUUGUUGCUGUUGCUGCUGCUUCUGCUGUGGUUGUUAUUGUUGCUCAGUGUUGUUGUUGCACUUGUUGUUGUUGCUCCUUCUGCUGUGGUUGUUGUUGCUGUUGUUGUUGUCACUGCUGUUGUUGCUGCUUCUGCUGUUGUUGUUGCUCUUGUUGUUGCUGCUGUUGUUGUUGGUGCUGCUGUUGUUGUUUUUCCAUUGAAAUAAUUAUGUUUAUACAUGUAAUUAAGGUUAUGGAUGCAAUCACAUGUCAUGCCGCUGUGGACGAGAAUUUUGUUGGGAAUGCCUGACACCGUGGGAAGGGCAUCCAUAUGGAUGUGUGGAAGAAUUGAAAGAGUUGGAACAAGUUGAAUUGUCAAUGGGUUAUGGCAGCGCAAGAUUCAAUAAAUAUUGUCAAAUUGCUUUGAGGUAAACUGUUAAUACUGUAAUAAAGACCGGUAAGAUACUUUGCCAAACUAUCUUAGCUUGUUGCUUUCCGAUAUGCAAAUUAUGUUCACUAUGUCUAUGACGUCAAAAAGCAUAAAGGUUUCUAAAAAAUCUUUUAUAACUCUUAUAGCCUAUGUAGAUAAUUGAUUCAAAUUUGUCGACAUAUAACGUAUAUUUGUAGUACGAUGUUGACGAUUUCUAUGCACGAUAUACCGGCCAAGAUCUUGAAGUUUUUUCAAGAAAGUCAUUAUGUGACGCGGCCAUAUGAACGAAGGUCGAAGCCAGUCACUAGUCAAGAUGCCAUAGUUUAGCAAAGUACCUUUUAAACAAAUUUCUUGGUUUACCCAGUACCUUUGGCUUUGGGAGCAUGGCUAAGAAUAAAGAUUUCCUGGUUUUCCCGCCUUCGGAAAACAUGACUAUAAGAAACAACGUUUCUUGGUUUGUCUAUAUUCGUGAAUUAUACAUACAGUAAAAACAGUCUUAAUGUAAUGUAUUGGUUCCGAGGCAUUAAUCCAUUGUGUACACACGAAAAAUCUCACAACUUGUCAACAAGAUAUCAUAGCAACAGCACAGAAUACUGGCAACAGGCUUGUAGCAAGCUUGUCAACAAGAUGUAACAAUGCUAGCUGUUAUUUUAUCAAGUUGCUACAAAGUUGUUCUGUAUCAAAUAGAACGAUAAUCGAUAUUAACAAGUUGUUGGAACAACUUGUAACAGGUCUGUUGAGCUCAACAACCUUGUAGCAAAUUGUGCGAACACAUCCUUUUGACAAGUUGUUGGGAAAACAUUGCUACAAGUACAAGUCUGCUACAGGUUUGUUGCAACUUGUGCGUAGGCCAUUUUACAUAUAUAUAUAUGAAAAAAUUUAUAUUAAUAUUAUUCCGAUUAUUAUAUUUUAUUGUAUUGUAGAAAUGGCCUUGAACGAAAUGGCAAAAAAUUCUUUGCUUUCAAGCACUUAGCAGAAAAAGCAAAACAGGUUGAAAAUGCUCACGAAUUUGUUACCCAAAACCCAAAAACCUCCACUUGUAAACUUGUCCAAAAUUACAUCGAAAAGAACAUCGCAUCCAUGGUGGAAGAGGUCUUCCGUUUCAAAAACGUAGCGCAUUUUGUGUUGGAAAACACAGCCGCGUGUGUGGCCAUUACUAAAAAGACAAAGCUGGUUAAAUCACUGUACAAGAAUAUGGAAAUGCUGGAUUUUAUUAUUCAACGAUGCAAUGAAGUGUUGUUAGAACCAGCUGUUUUGUUAAAGGAAGGAAAGUUGGAAACUGUGCAAGAACUUUUGAAACGUGGGGAAGAGUUAAUAUGGAACAUUGAUAGGCUUGUACAAGCCAAUAGGAAAGACUAGAUUAUAGAGGAAUAGAAUAUAAUUGUAAACUAAUUGUAUAUUAAUUAUUAUAGUUAAAAAUUAUAGUCAAUAAAAUUUAACCAUUCAGAAAUCGUGUGUGAACUUUCAUGCAACAAGCCUCCGCGGAGCAGACAGCUCUUUUCUAAAGCCUGGUUCACAUUAGCAGUGGCAAUUUUGUCGGCGAUUUGAUUGGGUUUUUGACGGAUGCAAAUGAUGAACUCGCACACAAAAGUAUUCUUGGGUUUCACUACGGCAUUGUGCAGUGAAUGUAUAUUGAUGCUUACUAUGCUUUACUGGAGUGAGAAAAUGAUACGAAAUUCCAUGUAUUUGCCACCAAACACAAGGCUAAUACUCAAAACGAACAAUCGACUCACUCUGAUAACUGUGUUUUGUUUUAGAGUUGCGUCACUUUUGUGACGUCAUAUGAACCCAAGAAUAUAUUCGCUUUUCAGAAGUAAACAAUUCUAAUUAUUAAAGUCUUUUGCAUGCCAUUCAUUGGAUCACAUUUGCGAGCAGGAGAAAAAUCGCCGACAGAAUUACUUGUGUAGACCAGGGUUAAAGGCACAGCCCUGUUCGAAUGAGAGUUGAGAAGCGAGAGUUCGCAUGAGAGUCUUCUCAUCUUCUCAUCUCACAAGAACAAGAGUUGCAUGAGAGUUGAGAGUUUGCAUGAGAGUUUUCUCAACUCAAGUGCCCGGUCAAACGAGAACAAGAGUUGCAUGAGAGUUGACUGGAUAUUACGGCGUGCUUAGCAACUCUCAUUAAAAUGUGAACCAUUGAGUUCAAAGUCGAUAAGGGGCUGUUUAUAUGGUCCCACUUACCCGGGAUUCAAUGAGUGUGACGUAUUUGGAGCAAUUGAAAUAAGUCUUAUUAAUAAUUAAUUAAAUAAGUCUCUAUUAAUUAAUUAAAUAAGUCUCUAUUAAUUAAUCGUCUUCUUCCACUACAUAACUUCUAGCGCGUUCCUAAUUUCGUUUACACGAUAUUUAAAGUUAUCUAACUUUUGUUUAUGGCUGAAACACGUAUUUCAAUUGCUCAAAAUACGUUGCACUUCAUUGAAUCCCGGGUAAGCGGGACCAUACUCUCAUGAAUUCUCCACAAGUCCUAUUCUGAGUUCUGUGCUUAUUAAGUUCCUAACCAAGCCCGCAGCGUCUGUUUUGCAGGCUAUUUUCAAACGUUCGACAAGAGACUGAUUCAAGGAUUCACUGUUCAGGUACUGGUCGACUUGGGCUGUGGUGUAUAGCUGUCAUUGGGCUGACCGUUUUGCUAGUCCUUGUAAUCCUUAGCACUUUCCAAAAAAUGUAGCCCAAAGCUUUACGAAAUCUUCGGUCGAAUGUCCCAUAUAAAAUAGGAUUAAUUGUACUAUUGAAUAAACAGAAAAAUACGCCUGCAAUAAAAUAUUCAUCAGGCCAAUUGCACUUUGGUAAAAGGAAGCAAAGCCCGCCAAUCGAAUAUGGAGUCCAACAGACCAGAAACGCGACAGUCACAGCCAAUAACAUUCGGGAAAUUUUAAUUUCUGCGAUAUUUCGCUUCAUCGUAUCGCUCUCCGAACGUUCUCUCGUAAUAUUCAUUUUUUUUAGCAUUUUUGAAACUUUUAACGCCACUUUAAAGUUGCAAAAUAAAAUAACGGAAAUCGGUAUGCAACUGGUAAUUAUACCACAGAUUAGCGUAAAGUGAUAAUUAUGCCUCCAUCGUGAGGCGCAGUUGAGUAGCUCUUUCUGGUAAGAAAAGUGCGCGAUUUGCCAGGCAAAGAACGUCCAAACUCCACCGUAUAACCAUGUCGUAACUACAAGCCAUUGCAUUGCUUUCGAAUUUUUUACCCACUUGAAAUGGAGGCUGGGGUUGGUGAACAGCACGUAGCGUUCCAAACUGACACACAUUAUUGUGACGACCGACACUUGACAAAGUAAGAACCCCAAGCUCCCUUGAACAUCGCACCAAAAGUCGCUUAAAAUCCAUUGGUGUUUUACAGCCGAAAUUGUCGCAAAAGGCAUAAUAAACGCGCCCAACAAAAGAUCUGUAAAUGCUAAACUCACGAUCAAAUACCGAGUAUGCCAUUUUUUAGUCACAAACAAAGCCAACAAGGAGAGCGAAUUGCCAAUCACAGUGGCUAAAGUUAUGACAGAAAAUAAAAACCCUUUUCCAAAUUCUGCAAAAUCGCUCUGUGCCGAGUGGUCGUGAGUUCCAUUACCAGAAUUUACCACCAUUAUUGCAGUGUUCAAACGUCACCAACACAGCGAACAGUAUUCGAACGAGUCAAAUAACAAAACUGUUUCACCUUGAGCGCCA